AUGCCAUCUAGGAAGCGCCUAGAGAACAAAGCCCGUCGUCGGCGCAAUCCCGUUCAGCUCAAUGAUUUCUUGCGCGGCGAUGACGAGCCAAUUCAAAUCACAACACCAUUAUCAUCAAAUGAAUCUCAGUCACAGACGCCGUCUACUCCAAAUGCCAACACAAGCUCCAUAGGCACCAUCCCAUCGAAGGACCUGUUCGAAAGCGAUGUGACUCCCGUUAUGACACCCACACCGCAGACCGACACCUACCAACCAACUGUUAAUGUCUGGCGCUCACCCAAGGAAACCACUCAGCCCGAAGCUAACUAUAAUGUGAGUGCCGAGGAGUAUCCGGAUUUGGGCAAGCGUUUGAAGAGAGCCAAGCAACCAACGCCGACGAUGACAAACCUGGAGAACGGCGCCACUGGCUCGCGCCUUCGCAGUCGUCGUAGUCGCAUAAUAAAUCCACCUGUGCUGGCCAACUUUUUGCCAGAUUCCGUGCUCCCGACGUCGAGCAACAGCAAGCAGCAAUCUGUGGCCAAUUGGCUAUCGUCAGUACGUUCUAGCGACAGCCAUGGCACUGCCAACGACCAGGCAAGCUGCUCUUUUUCGAACAAGAUUACACUGCUGAGAAGGGAUUCAGCCCAGGAGCUCGGGCAAAAAAGUGCUGCCCAGUCCUCCCCGAAGGAGAAACAUACCGAACAGCAGCAGCAGAAUACUCCAGCUGAAGCCCAAGAGCAGCAGAAUACUCCACCUAAAGUCCAAGAGCAGCAGACAAUUCCGGCUAGUGCUGUCAAGCAUCAGCAGAACACAACUAAUAAUUCUUCAACGCCGCAGCAGAAGAGUUCUGUCAGUUCUUUACAGCAGCAGAAAGUAAGCGCCGCAAGAUCUCUUUCACAGGAGCAGAAGAAAUCUUCUGGCAAUCUUACUCAACAACAGCAGCAGAGUUCUGUCAGUUUUUUGCAGCAGCAGAAAGAAAGCCCAGCAAGAUCUCUCCCACAGGAGCAGAAGAAAUCUUCUGGUAAUCUUACCCAACAACAGCAGAAGAGUUCUGUCAGUUCUUUACAGCAGCAGAAAGAAAGCGCCGCAAGAUCUCUUUCACAGGAGCAGAAGAAAUCUUCUGGCAAUCUUACUCAACAACAGCAGCAGAGUUCUGUCAGUUUUUUGCAGCAGCAGAAAGAAAGCCCCGCAAGAUCUCUCCCACAGGAGCAGAAGAAAUCUUCUGGUAAUCUUACCCAACAACAGCAGAAGAGUUUUGUCACUUCUUUACAGCAGCGGAAAGAAAGCGUGGCAAAAUCUUUCCCACAGGAGCAGAAGAAAUCUUCUGGCAAUCUUACUCAACAACAGCAGAAGAGUUUUGUCACUUCUUUACAGCAGCGGAAAGAAAGCGUGGCAAAAUCUUUCCCACAGGAGCAGAAGAAAUCUUCUGGCAAUCUUACUCAACAACAGCAGAAGAGUUCUGUCAGUUUUUUGCAGCAGCGGAAAGAAAGCGUAUCAAAAUCUCUCCCACAGGAGCAGAAGAAAUCUUCUGGCAAUCUUACUCAACAACAGCAGAAGAGUUCUGUCAGUUUUUUGCAGCAGCGGAAAGAAAGCGUAGCGAAAUCUCUCCCACAGGAGCAGAGGACAUCUAGCAAUCUUUCUCAACAACAGCAGAAGAGUUCUGUCAGUUUUUUGCAGCAGCAGAAAGAAAGCCCAUCAAGAUCUUUCCCACAGGAGCAGAAGAAAUCUUCUGGCAAUCUUACUCAACAACAGCAGAAGAGUUUUGUCACUUCUUUACAGCAGCGGAAAGAAAGCGUGGCAAAAUCUCUCCCACAGGAGCAGAAGAAAUCUUUUGGCAAUCUUACUCAACAACAGCAGAAGAGUUCUGUCACUUCUUUACAGCAGCGGAAAGAAAGCGUAGCAAAAUCUCUCCCCCAGGAGCAGAAGAAAUCUUCUGGAAAUCUUACUCAACAACAGCAGAAGAGUUCUGUCAGUUUUUUGCAGCAGCAGAAAGAAAGCCCAGCAAGAUCUUUCCCACAGGAGCAGAAGAAAUCUUCUGGCAAUCUUACUCAACAACAGCAGAAGAGUUUUGUCACUUCUUUACAGCAGCGGAAAGAAAGCGUGGCAAAAUCUCUCCCACAGGAGCAGAAGAAAUCUUUUGGCAAUCUUACUCAACAACAGCAGAAGAGUUCUGUCACUUCUUUACAGCAGCGGAAAGAAAGCGUAGCAAAAUCUCUCCCCCAGGAGCAGAAGAAAUCUUCUGGAAAUCUUACUCAACAACAGCAGAAGAGUUCUGUCAGUUUUUUGCAGCAGCAGAAAGAAAGCCCAGCAAGAUCUUUCCCACAGGAGCAGAAGAAAUCUUUUGGCAAUCUUACUCAACAACAGCAGAAGAGUUCUGUCACUUCUUUACAGCAGCGGAAAGAAAGAGUAGCAAGAUCUCUCCCACAGGAGCAGAGGACAUCUUCUGGCAAUCUUACUCAACAACAGCAGAAGAGUUCUGAAAGUUCUAGACAACAGCAGCAGAAGAUAAGAUCGCCUGGCAAAUUGCAACAGCAGCAACAGAAGAGUCCUGCAAAUACCGUAGGGAAUCAGAAGAAGCGGAAGUCUCCUGGCAUUCAACAGGCCUGGCAUCAACAAAUGAGCCCAGGAAAUUCUUUCCAGCAGGAGCAGCACAAAUCUUCGGGGGGGACACUCACAGAGCAGCAGCAGCAGCCAAAGAGUCUUGCGAAAACAUUGAAGCAUCAGCCGAAAAGUCCGACAAACUCUGUUCAGCAGCAGCAACAUCACGUAGCCCAUAGUAAUCAGAGUCGGGCGCAGUCAGCGAGACCUGUCAAGCCCAUUCAUUCGCGCCCAAAGAGCCAGGAGAGAAAGGCUCCUGUUACAAACAAUUUCUCUGUGUCAAGCCGUCUACCCACCGAUGAGCGCAUCCAGCAGCCCACUCAAUUUUCGGGUCCCAGCAAUGCCAACGAUGUGGACGAGGAAGUUGUGCCGCCGACGCCAAACAACCAAAGUGAGAGAAUGCCGAGAAGAUUCCCACGGCGCGGCAACAACCGGCGGGUGGUGCGCAGUCUGCAGGCGUUCACUCGAGAGUUCACGCAGUCCUCGCCGGAGGCAUCGCCAGAGGGAUUGCCGGAGGGAUCGCCAGAGGGAUUGCCAGAGGUAUUGCCGGAGCGAUCGCCGGUAGGAUCGCCAGAGGGAUCGCCAGAAGUAUUGCCAGAGGGAUCGCCAGAGGUAUUGCCAGAGGAAUUGCCGGAGGAGUCGCCACAGCAAGAGGUGGUACAGUGCAAGCAACAUGAGCAACCGCAACAGGUGAAGAGCUUACCAGAAAACGAACCGAACUGCCGCAUGCAUCAAUUGGCUAUGCACAGCGCAUUGAACUCAGAUGCCCUGGAGUUCCGCCCUGCGGAAAGGCGUGAGGCCGGAGGAUUCAGUGAACGUGCCCAAGUUUGCCGAUUGAGCCGAAGACGUCGCCGCCAGCGUUUUUUGCGCUCUUUACACGUGGAACCAUUGCUCCCGUCAUACGAGCUAGUACCAAGCGAGCCACUGCGACCCGUGUGCCACGUGCCUGACUGCUGCUAUUACAGAGCCCCACCAUCAGUAAUCACUCCUGAGAUAGUUCAACCGCCGUCUCCACAACGACUGCCAGUCACCGUACCGGUCCAACCCAUGAUGCCACCGACAACGAUCGAGGUGUUUACCACCAGCAACCCGCCGCCCAUGGUCGUCUAUAAUCCGCAGUCGGGGAAUUUGUGGAGCAAUCCAUCACCAUAUAUGCCCAUUGAAAUCGAAAACAACAGGGUCAGCCAGUCGGUUUUUCGGCUUGCCAGCCUCCCGUGCACUGGGGUGGGCACCCCAACUACGGAUUCCUUUACCAGCUGGCCACCCCCCAGCCAGCACCACAGCCCCAGCCGCCUCCCAUCCAGUAUUUCCGGGCCCAGCCAGUUCUCGCAUACUCUCAGCUCGCCGCCGGUGAAGCGCCAGCAGCACCAAAAAUUAUCGCCAUCAAUCAUCCACCAGGACGAGGACCUAUUGUACAGCAGGUCUCUGUUGGAUAUGGACCGGGAGGAGACCCAGUGGGAGCAGCAGGGUCAGGAAUGGCAGUGGGAGUCGCCGCAGGAGUCCUCCAGGUUCCAGUCGCAGCCGCUGCCGCAGCCACAGGUCGUCGACGACGUACACGGCGUGCCAAACGCCGACGUCGCUAAGGACGCAGGACCACCGCUCGAGCGACACAAGAUAUUCCGAGCACCAUCACAGCACGGCCAGGACUAUCCCAAGCCGGAUCUUAACUGCGUGCCGUCCAGCAUCAAGAAGCUACAUCGUCUAAUUUCGUCCCAGUAUUCCGACUACUCAUUCGUCUACGCCAUGAGUGCUCAGCUCAGUCAGGACUGUGUGCCCAUGGAUUGCUAUGUGUACCUGAAGAUGGUACUGCUGGCCAGUAUCGUUUCAAUCGAAUCCGAUGAGGUGCGGGCUCCAAUUUCGCUAUGCAUCAUCGCCACCGACAGCCUGAUGGCCAAUCGCCUGAUGAACAAAGUUGGCCAACUGGCUCCACGCUACCUGGGACCUCACGACUACGGACUGCAACCCACCUUCAGUGCUUUGCCCACCCGCUUCAACUGGAUAGUGGCCAGUCCUUUACUAUUAGCUCAGCAGGGUGUUUACCACGCCGGCGAUUGGACUCGUCUGUCCAAGGAGCAGGGAUGCCAACUGGAGAAGUGCAUCGAAAAUGGAGCGGUCCCAGUGCCGCAGUUGCACAUCGAUCAGCCCUUGGAGGCAGCCGUUUGGACCCACUGGCAGCCUGACAACUCCAGCAAUCAGACACAGGCCCUCGCCAAAUUGUGCCCAAUCUUCGGGCUGCCCAUUUAUAUGGGUGCUCAGGUCAACAAGAGUCUCUGGAACUUUAUAAUCCAGCAGCACAGCGCUGAGGGACAAAAUGUGGUUAACGAUGGCUUGAACAUUCCCGAGGACGACAUGCGCAUGCUUAUCCAUCUGUUGCACCAGCGCAAGACCACCCUAACCGAUGGCGCCCAGCACAUGCUGCAAAAGUAUUACGUGAUCUCCAGGAAAGAGCGACCGACUGUCUUCUCCAGCAAGACGUAUAUAGUGCUGAAACAAUUUGCCGAGUGCUUUGCCAAACUGGCGCUGCGUCUGGAGGUCCUUGAAUCGGACGUUUGUGUGGCCAUCUUCCACUGCGAGCAUUUCGUGCAGAGCAUAUUUGGGGCCAAGGAAAACCAGGCACCGCCGGCGGUGAUCAAUUUCAAUGUGAUCUCCUGCAUCGAUCCGUACAUGAACGAGUUUGCCCGCUGGCUGCUUCAGUAUCUGGAUAGCUACGAGGACGAAGAGCUGGGAAUGAACGCGGCCAAGAGGCGACGCACUGAUAGCUGGGGCAUGCCCUAAACAUUUGGCAUCGAUUACGAGUCCAACUUGCCAUUGAUUUAGUAUUACUCGUAGAUUUAUAACCAUCGCACACUGGACCAAUUUUGAAUACCUUUUGUAGUUUUAUACAGAUGGAUUUACAACACGUCGUGUUUGUAAACAAAAUUGGCACUGAAGCCACACAACACUACCUCUCUAAUCUAUUCACUAUAACAAACAACACCUGAAGCGUUCAAAAGCAAAGUCUAUAUUUGUAAACAUUUGUUCUCCUCUUCCCCCUAUACCACAACACUUGAUUCAUUCGGUAUAUGUUUUGUGUAUAUCGCAUGAUGAUCGCGAAUAGUUCCUAAAAUUCUAUUCGCGAAAAUCAAGAACCAUUGUUUGUAAAAUCUUGUACCGGAUCGUUGGUAAUCGUUGAACAACGAUCUUUUUGGUAUUUUUGGGAAACUAAAUAUUUUCAAAAUUGUUUUUGAUACAAGUAUUAAAUUUAAAUGUGUGGCCACAAAUAUGUAUAACCUUUAUUUUUUUUUGAUACAACAUAUUUCUACGAAAUAUGAACAAACCUGAAAAUAACUGUGAAUAAUAUAUAAAAUACAUACUUUAAGUAAAGGAUGCCAAACAAAUUAAAAACAAAUAUGGAAAGAGCUGUCGAAAAUGUCCACUUUCUAGAGAGUUUUCGAUUUUUUCUCAUUUUAAAGUCCAAGAAAAAUAUCAGUCUGUUUAAUUUGUGUUUCAAAUGUUACAUUUGAAAGCCAGAGAUAUUUAGAUAGUUUUUUUUUUUAUGGUAAAUAACAAUAUAUCCACAGAAAAUAAUGAAACCUGAAAUGGGCUGUGAAUAAUAUAAAACUUAACUAUAAUUAAGUCAUGGACACCAAAAAGAAAGAACGACAGGAUGACAAACAAAUGUAUUUUUUUAAAAUACAGAACGAACAAUUACUUUGUUGACUACGUUAACCAUGUAAAGUAAACAGAAGUAUCCUCUUCAGUUUCAAAUCGAAUAAAAUUCAUUUGUUUAUUUAAAAAAAAACAAUUCUUUUUAUUAACUACCUUGUAUUGUUACAAAUAUUUAUACAUAGUUAUUGUUAUUAUUAGUUUCGUAUUUCUCAGUUUUUCUUUUGCUUUUGAUUAUCCUUUCCAACUGCCUGAGCAAAUCGUUCAGUUUUAGUCUUACGCGUAGUAAUGGGCCAAUAUAGUUUGACUCCCUAUUUCUCGAUUGGAUUGUACCAAUUAUACAUUUAUCAAAAUAUAUGGUAUAUUUUUUAUACAAUAUAAUAGAUAGGCAUACAAUAUUAUAAAGUGUUUGGGUAAAUUCACGAUGAAACUUCAAGUGUUCAAGAGUCAUGUUGGUAGUUACAUUUAAAUCGUUAUACAAUUUGUAUAUGUUUAUUGUUAUGUUCUAGGGUUUAUGAUAUAUAUGCGAGCAUAUAGAUAUCAGGGCGUCCAAUUGAGCAAGAAUUUCCAAAUCUUUAGUAUGUUGAACGCACUGCCACUAUUGGUCAGUGGUAUCCAUAUGAUUGGGUUGUAGAAUGGCGGUGUUAGUAGCAUGGGGCUGUCCUUGAUUUACAUUCGUUCGUUACAUUCUAAAACUAGAUAUAAAAAAUAGUUCUUAACUACAAUAUGACAAAGUAAAAUGUACAUAC